AAAGAAUGAAAUGUCAACAGAGUUUACCGAUAAUUGUUUUGCCUGUCGGCUUGGAUCAGAGAUUAUAGAACUACCCUAGAUAUGUCAGGAGCCAAUUGAUUAUAACAGGUUUAGAUUCCAGAGAUCGGGAGCAAAGUGAACCAUUGACUGGAAACCAAAAAAUGGAGGACAAAGGCAGAGAGGAUCCUGAAAGAGAUAAAAGUGCAGACGCUUCGACAAAUGGAAGUGCCAAGGCAAAAGACUUGGAUGACACGGACACUGUUCCAGAGGCCUUUCCUUAUAUAGAUGAUGCAGAUGGAAUUGUGAAAGUUGAUAUUCCUGAAACACCGAAAAACAAGGCCAAUAACUCUUUGGCACCUCAAGCAAGUAUUGACGGCCCAGAUCUUGAACCCAAGAAGGACGAUGUUGAUGCCGCUAGUGUGUUUUCGCUUUUCAUGGAAAAAGACUUCAGAUAUUAUUUUCAACAUCCAUGGUUUCGAAUAUUCGUUGCUUAUUUUGUUACCUUUUGUAAUUUUUUAAUCUACGCGGAAGAUCCAGUGGCACACAGUCUUAAGGAAUGUACAAUACCGGUUAUUGGGAAUGAUUUUGCAUUUGUUUGUACCCGCUAUCCACCUGAUGCUUGGAGUUUAUUAAAAGUAUUUCUGUGGUUGGUUGGAAUAAUUAUCGGAAUGUUGAUUGGAAAGAUAGUGUUUCAUAGCCUGCUCUUUAAUCGAGUAUUCCGUAUAAAAAUGUUUCAACAGGAUCAGGGAUCAUGGAUGGUGAUGUUCCUGUGUGUUGUUUUAUGCGUAUUUAUCCUCUCCUUCCUGUAUAAUGCCUUCCUUCUGAUUGGUGGAGAUUAUACCGUACCGUUUCAUAUCAGUGAUCUCAUGGGCGUGUCCAAUUCUUUCUUUAUGAAAGCGGCUGCUUGUGGAACAUGGUGUGGUGAUUUCUUCACAGCCUGGAUGGUAACAGAUAUGAUGUUACAAGAAAAGCUAUAUCCAAAUUGGGCAGUGGGAUUUAGAAAAUGGUGGAAAACUGGAUAUCGAAGAGUUAUUGCGUUCUGGAUAAUUGUGCUAUUGAUGUCUUUUAUUGUGAUUUUUGUUAUAACAACAGAUUAUAUUGAAUGGGACAAGUUAAAUCGAGGGUUCUUGCCGACGAAUGAAUUGUCAAGAGCUUUUCUUGCCUCGUUUAUUCUUGUUUUCGACAUAAUUAUUGUCAUGCAGGAUUGGGAUUUCCCCCAUUUCAUGAGUGUAUUAGAUAUCAAACUACCCGGUUUAAACACACCUCAUAUCAAGUUUCAAAUACCUAUACCAGAAUUCCUCAGGAAAGAGAUCGUUCUCGUACAUAUCACAGGUAAAUGGUUUAAUUAUGGUAUACUGUUUAUCGUCAUUCUACUCGAUUUGAACAUGUGGAAGAACCAAAUAUUUUAUGAACCCUAUGCCUAUGGACAGUACGUCGGUCCUGAUGACAACAUCUACACUGUUCUUGAUCAAUAUAGUCUCGAUAUCUACAAUGAGUCACAGAUAACGUAUGAUUUCCGUAAUACAACAAUCAACCCGAAUACGAACCUAACAUUUAUAAUGGGAGACAGCUUCAUGUUUUCGAACUUUAAGAAUUUCCCAUUAGCGGCCAAGGGCACUGCCUUUAUUCCUGGUUUAGCUGCUUUCGUCACCUUGGGUGUCCUCAUCAUGAUUUAUGGACGUGAAAAGCCGACCAAAGAAGAUCCGUAUGCUGGGCGUCUGAAGAAACGCAAAAAGGGAUGGAGAAGAUUCAGUGCCAGUAAAACCUGGACUCGCUUCAGAAAUCGAAUCCGAGCAGCACCACCAAUUCUGACAUAUUUUAAACGAACACAAGCCAAUGAGUCAAUUACUAAAUCUUCUGAAAAUAAUGAACUCCCUCCGCCACAAGAACCAACUCCAACAAAUACUGAAAUACAACCAUAAAUCAGACAGACGAAGUGAUCUGCUGCUUCUGGUAACCAUGACAACUAUACAUGUAUGUAAUACUCUUACAUUCGUUGAGAUUAGUUGAGGCCAAAGCUAAUUCGUAAUUAACUAGAACAAAUUAUUCUCUGUAAUUGCUAUUGAAGAAAAUGGGAAAUACACUAGGACAGGGGUGGCCAAACUUUUCCAUUCCAUAUAAUAUAACCUCUACGGCCGAAAUGUACUUAUCGCUUUGUUCAGUUAUAUUAGAUCAGUAUUAUGAUAAGGUGUAUAUUGUCACUUGGAAUGGUCCAUUGUGCCAUUUUUGGUACAAUCUGUGCCUACAUGUAGUAGUGAUGGCACGAUAAUUAUAUCGUUGAAAUGAUCCACAUCUAUAUCGCGAUAUAAAAUAGUUUAAUUUCUUCGACAUCAACAGGACUAAAGAUAUUCAUCAAUUAUUCAUUUAUCCUGUUGUUUUCUUGGUAAAUAUUGACCUGGUUAUGAAAUCGUGAUGUGAAUCAUAUUGUAGCACCUGUAUCGCAAUAUGUAUCCUAUCGUGACUGCAGUGAUAAUACCCAGCACUAACAUGUAGGUUGGUCACCUGCACUAAUAUUAAUCUAUUUAUAAAGCACUGGAUAGCAAAUUAAACUAAAGAGUUGUUGAGAAACUCUAUGACUUUACUUUGACUUUAAGGCAGAUUUCAGAAUAAAGUGAUUAGUCAUCAUGGCUACCAACAAUAUUUGUUGAAGUCCUUCUAUAUAUGAUAUACAUGUAUACAAUUUAAUCAAUCUGGUUAAAACACAGAUCCAAUUUCGUUUCGUUUUUAUAGUUCAAAAUUUUGAUUUUACUUGCACUGUAACCCAAGUAUCGUUUAAUCUUGUGUA